CUAUCAGACCAGCUCGAAAGGAGGGGUCGGGCUUUCAGACGAAAAUCGAUUCAAGCAUUCAUCAAGGGAGGUUGAAACCCGAGGUUUGGGGACGAAGAGUCCUUUUUGGCUGGUUAGUCUGAGGCGGCCAACAGGUCUGUUACACAGAGUUAAACUGUUUCUGAGACAAACAGACGUACACCAUGCCAGCAGCAAGGUAAGGACACACUAGACUUUGGAGAGGACCUGAUGUGCAUUGUGUUAUAUAGUCUGUACAGUGCAUGGUUCAAUGCUGAGGUGUUGGUCUAUAUAGUGGAUGGUAGGAUGCAAAUGUGGUAUAGACUAUGCAUAGACUGUUCAGUGGAUAGUAGGUUGUGGUUGUCUGUUUAGUGGAUGGUAGGAUGCUGAAAUAAUGGUGUAGCUGGUAUGGUGGUAGGGAAAUUGGCUCACCACUGUAAUCAUAAGGGAGCAUAUAGAGAGCUUGUUCAGUAGGAACCUGUGUGCAUUAAGGGUGGGGCGUCAGUGAAACACUGAUCAUUAUUUUAUUAAGAACGGGCCAACUCCCUAGAGGCCUAUUAACAUAGUAUAUUAAUGAAGGCUAGAGUAAGUUAGAACAUUUUAUUAAAGUGUCACUCCACAAUGAUACAAUUGAGAAUACAAAAUACAGAUUUUUUUAAACUACAUUAUGGACCACUCAAAUAGAGUUUUGAGACACUCAAAAACAAUCAUAAUCAAACAUGGUGCAUAUUUCCUUUAGCGUCAUCUAUAAUACAUUUUAUUCUCUAUAGUAUACAUUAGUAUCAGUUAUUAUACAUUCCGUCAUUUAUACACAUGUAUCAAAAACAAAAAGUACAGUAGAUAAAAGGACAUUUAGGCACUUAUAAAGAAACCUCUCCGUUGGAGGAUCAUGUUACCUGAUACAUUUUCACACUUUCUACAAGGCUAUAUGCAGGAAGCAAACAGUCAAAACAGGGGGGGAAUAACCUGAACUUGUCCAUCAAGAAACGUUUUCGUUGCAAAACGUUUUCUGUUGCAAAACAUUUCGCUAUGGUGUGCAGUGUGCACUAAUGAAUACACCCCAGAUGUACAGUAGCGAGAGAGAGUUCAACAAGGUUCACCCUGACCCUGCACAGCCUGUCCACUUUUAUUUGUUUUGGUCUUGAAUAUUAUACCUAAGCCGUGUGUGUGUGUACUGAAGCCUGAUUUAAUAUGCGUAUCACUCUGGCACUGUGUCCCUCAGCAGUGUCAGUCUUUUGACCCGCAGCUGAAACUCUCUCACACACACGCAGGCAGAUCUGUUUGUUCAGUCAGUUCUGUUUUACUAUUGGGUCUCAGAGGGGGAGGAGAGGUGGGUAGGAGAGAUGUUGGUUUAGAAACAUAUUUGGGAUAACGCUUGUCACAAGACUACAACUGUUACAAAAUCAAGCUUUGUGUUCAACUCAUCCCUGGAAGACACACACGAGCAUGUGUGCACACACACACACUGCUGUCCUCCUGAUGGUGCCUUUAAGUGAACUAUGUCAUGUGAUGAUGCAUGAAUGAAUAUAGGUCUUCUAUCACAUCUCUGUUAACACCAUCUGUGUUCACAGUCCAUAUUCUCACCUAUUGACGUUAUGUAGCGCGUCAGACUGUUUAGGCCUACCUAUUAUCCUGCCGUCGCGUGAAUGGUACACAUAUGGGCGGUCAAUGGAACGCAUAGACUGUUAUUCCACCAUUUUCUGAUGAUUUGUAACAAUACAAAAGUAAUGUGAUUGAUAUUAAUCUGUAUAUGUGUGUUUUACAGCCCUAAUUCUCUGUUCGGGAUGGGGAACCCCCUUCUGGACAUAUCAGCCGUCGUGGACAAGGACUUCCUGGAUAAGUGAGUCAUUGGGUACGGGGCUUAGGUGGCUUUCACAGCUAGAUCGUUUGUACCCCCUAUGUUUGGUUUGUUUGUACAGGUGUGAACACUAUCCACAUUCUGAUGUGCACCAAACAAGUGCAGAGUAGUUCACUCAAAAAGUGUUGUCUCAGGCCAAUUCCAUUCGUACCAUGGUGCCGUUCGCUGCAGGUCAGAACACAGCCCGGACCAAACACAGGAAAACAACCAAGCAUUUAAUGAAAUGCACAUAACUUGAUUUCUCUAAAACAUUUUAUGUAUUUCUCAACACCAGUAGGCCUAUAUAUUAAUAGAAAGACCAAGGUCUUUGGUUGAAAUGGGCACCCUUUUAUCAUAGAUUAUUCUAAAAUUGAGUUCUUAACACUGGGAGCGCCGGAAUUCCAUAACUACUAGAAUGGCCAUGACAGUCAUUCUGACCGUUAAUGUUUCAAUUGUGUAAAUAUUCUAUAAUAAAUAAUAAAUUGCAAAAUUAAUGCAUUUAUUAUGUUAAAAUAGGUCAUGAGCAACCUCAGGACACCAAAUCUAAAUUGUAAUCAGUCAGAAAAUGUAUUGAUUUAUCCAGAAGCGCAUAGACUGUAAAUACUAAAAUAAGAUGAUAGUGUAUUUUCUGACUGUAAGACAACAGUUGCCUACCCAUAAUAAUAAUAAUAGAUGUGGCCUAAAGACCAGAAUAAAUUGACAAAAGUCUGAUGGGUGACAAUCAGGGUCGGAAAUGAACGUUUUGGUCCACAAGCCACUGUGGCAGGUAGAUUUAAAAAAUCUACCAGCCACUCAGAUUUUUCACCAAACAAAAUAUGUUUCGCCAUAAUUACACAAAAUAUCACACACAAACCGAUGAGCAUGCUUUCUAAUGUUUCAAAAACAAUAAAUGUAUUACUAGUAAGAAGUAAUGGGGUGCUCUCCCGAGUGGCGCAGCGGUCUAAGGCACUGCAUCGCAGUGCUUGAGGCGUCACUACAGCCAAGGGUUCGAUCCCAGGCUGUGUCACAGCCAGCCGUGACCGGGAGACCCAUGAAGUGGCGCACAACUGGCCCUGCGUCGUCCACUGUUAGGGGAGGGUUUGGCCAUCUGGUAUUUCCUUGCAACGUCAACAGUGAAGAGGCGACUCCGGCGCAGUGAAGGCCAUAUCUCAGACUGGCCAAUAAAAAGAAAAGGUUAAGAUGGGCAGUCUGAGAUAUGGCUUUUUCUUUGCAACUCUGUCUAGAAGGUCAGCAUCCCGGAGUCGCCUCUUCACUGUUGACGUUGAGACUGGUGUUAUGCGGGUACUAUUAAAUGAAGCUGCCAGUUGAGGACCUGUAAGGCGCCUGUUUCUCAAACUAGACACUAAUGUGUUUGUCCUCUUGCUCAGUUGUAAUGGGGUAUAUUGCUUACUUUCAUUUAAUUUUUGUGACCUGUGUCUUUUAAAGAUGCACUAAGCAGAAAUCGCUCCACUAUUUCCUGGUUGCUAAAAUUCUAAUAAUUUGCCUAAUUUCAGUUUGUGACAAAAAAAGCAAUUAUAGUGUAGAGAAUCAAUGUACCAUCUAAAUCGCUGUGAAAUAUAUUUUCCAUAACCAAAAAUAUAGUUUUUUUCAGCUGUUUUGAAGCUCGUGUACAAAACCAAAACAGUGAGGGGAAAAAAGUAUUUGAUCCCCUGCUGAUUUUGUAAGUUUACCCACUGACAAAGAAAUGAUCAGUCUAUAAUUUUAAUGGUAGGUUUAUUUGAACAGUGAGAGACAGAAUAACAACAACAAAAUCCAGAAAAACGCAUGUCAACAAUGUUAUAAAUUGAUUUGCAUUUUAAUGAGGGAAAUAAGUAUUUGACCCCCUCUCAAUCAGAAAGAUUUCUGGCUCCCAGGUGUCUUUUAUACAGGUAACGAGCUGAGAUUAGGAGCACACUCUUAAAGGGAGUGCAAAUGGAAGAAACACAAAAUAACUGUCAAUCUCCUGCGGCCUCUCACCUCGUGGAGUUGCAAUGAUCAUGAGAACGGUGAGGAAUCAGCCCAGAACUACACAGGAGGAUCUUGUCAAUGAUCUCAAGGCAGCUGGGACCAUAGUCACCAAGAAAACAAUUGGUAACACACUACGCGGUGAAGGACUGAAAUCCUGCAAUCCUGCAGCGCCCGCAAGGUCACCCUGCUCAAGAAAGCACAUAUACAUGCCCGUCUGAAGUUUGCCAAUGAACAUCUGAAUGAUUCAGAGGAGAACUGGGUGAAAGUGUUGUGGUCAGAUGAGACCAAAAUCGAGCUCUUUGGCAUCACCUCAACACGCCGUGUUUGGAGGAGGAAUGCUGCCUAUGACCCCAAGAACACCAUCCCCACCGUCAAACAUGGAGGUGGAAACUGUAUGACCAACGUGGCUGGUGAAAUAUACAUUUUUACCUGCCAAUGACAAAAUCUACCCGCAUUUGGCGGGUAUUCAUUUCCAACCCUGGUGACAAUAUUAUCAAUUAUCAAAUUGAGAAUGAAGAGACUGAUGACCAGCGCAGCAUACAUUGACUAAGAAGGGAACAGAGCUUACCAAAUAGCACUUCUUCCAUAUCCUACAGAGGUCCAUGCAGGCCAGACAUUUUGAUUGCUAUACCCUAUCGGAAAGAGAAGAUUCCAAGGUUUCUAAUGAACCUAUUUUUGCCAAACAACUCUACAAAUUGUGCUGAUGGUCUCUGUUUCAAAAUAUAACUUGUUCCUAGAAUAACCAUGGAUCCAUGCCCAUGUGAGUACAGGUGACAAUCAGCAAUAUAGCCUUUUGGGAAAAAUAUCCUUUCAAUUUUCUUCUGUUAUAUUCCAUUAUAUUCUUACUGUAAAAUAUGUGUUGACUGGUAGGGCAUAGCCUGUGACGUCUGCUAAAUGAACAAGUUGAUUUCAUUGGCAUGACACAGCCAUAGCCUGCUACUAAGCACAGAUAAAUACAAUUAUGUCAGCACUAAUUGUGAAUGAAGAACAGGGUGGGCCAUUCUACUGUAUUGAUCUUUUUAAAGUAUAAUCUCAAAACAGUAUAUACCCUAUAUCAGUCCACCGAAUCCAAGCAGUCUUAUUAGUCUACUCUAGGCCUACUUGGAGUAGGCUACACAGUGAGAGCGUGUGUAAUUUACAAUGACAAGACCAAGACUAAUGGAUAGACAUGCUGCGUUAGCGUUACUACAAGAUCUGAAUGAAAACUACUUUGAUGGCAGGGAAGAAAUGGAUCUCUGAUGAUUAUUCUGAAUCAUGCUGAAUGGUUUUCCAUAUCUGGGAAAAGAUCCAUAUCGGACAGCAGUUGAUCGAGUGUCGGCUAAUGUGGUGAAGAUGCUUGUGGAACCUUACAUUGGCAAGGGGAGAAAUGUCACCAUGGACAAUUUCUUCCCUUCACUGUCAUUGGCGAACAAGUUGCUCGCAAAGAAAACAAGCCUGGCCGGCACCAUGUACAAAAUAGAUGGGAGCUCCCUCCCUUUACGCAAAAUAAGGCAACUGCACAGUAGCAGUUCUCAAUAACAGGGGUGCUGUUCUCCACAACAGUGCUGAAGACAACACUCACACUUUACCAAUGCAAGGCAAGAAAAAACGUCUGUGUCAUGAGCGCCAUGCAUCCGACAGUUGACAGUUGCCAUUGAUCGGGACACAGCAAAGAGAAAACUGGAGACUAUUACACACUACAACAAACGAAGGUAUGUCACUAUUACAUAAUACACAUUGCCAUAUAUAGAUACACUUAUGCAACGCUCUUCUGUAUCAAACGUGUUGUUUUUCCUAUGAGAAAAUUAUCCUCACCUUUUUUUAUUUGGUUCCAUAGGUCGGUGUGGAUGUUUUGGAUCAGACGGCUGUACUCGGUGAAAGGUGGAACUCGCCGCUGGCUUGUUGCUGUGUUCUACAACCUGCUUGACUUGGCUGCUAUCAACGCACAUGUGUUGUUCAAGCAGUAAUUGAACAAAACCAUGAGCAGGAGAGACUUCAUCAUGAGUCUGGCACACGGGCUACAUGAGAGACAUGAGGGCCAAGGCAGCAGCAAAGAUUCCACGCGAGCCAUUGCGCAAGCAUAAUUGCACACAGCUCCCGGGGAGGAGAAACUGCCAGGUGGGCAGAUGCACACAGAACAGAACCCGCGACACCUGUUUCAGCUGCAAGCGACUUGUUUGUGGGAAGUGUUGCAAGCAAGUGAAAGUGACAAAGAUUUGUGUGGUGACUGUUAGGACAAGGGAUAACAGCUGAAUGAGAUCCAACUGUUGCGUGAAGACGCACACCAUAAUGUAAGCAUGAGCGAAGCCACAAAUAAUGUGUCCAAUAACUGACAAUAAUGUACUAUUUUGACCUGUCAUAUGGACACUUAAAUUCAUUAUAAAUCCAUUAUAACUUUUGUGCUGAUUUUCACUAUCCACACGCACACUUGGCGCUUAUACUGAUGUUUAGGCUACUGAUAUUUUCUUCAUUGACUGCGCCUCUUGCUGACCGUGCGUCUUGGUGGUUUGGGUAUUUUUAUUUGUUUUGUUAUAAAAAGAAGCUUUUACUGUGUUCCAACGUAUAUUUUUUUGGUUUCAUAGUUGUAACAAAGGCACUCCACAAAUAAAAUGUAUUUGACACUUGAAAUUCUGUGUUUUUAGUGUUUUUGUUUUUACAUAUAGCCAGCCUAUAGUAACGUAAUGAAAAAGUUGUUAUUUCAAAUAUAAAUGUUUCUGUAUUCUAAUGUUACCUAAGACCUUUAUAAACCCAACCAAAUGAUUAUUUUUUCCAAUAGCAUAUAUUUAUUAGACUGUUAGAAUGCUGACAUCCAAAAGAUGUGUCAUUGGCAUGAAGAGGGGCUGGCUGCUAUUUUUACUCUUCGAGGCCCUGCUAUUCUACUGUUCAAUAUGCAUACGGUCAUGUCAUGGCUAUUUUGAGUUUUUGUCUUUUAUGAUAUUUAUCUCAAAGUACUCCUAUAGUGUAAUACACAUAUUGAGGAAAAGUCAGGGACGGGUAGGUGAAAGGUUUUUAUUGAAAUUACUAAAUUGAAAAUGGUCAGAUUGACCAUCUUGGCGGUUUUAGUGUUAAAGGAAUAAUCCACUCAAACUAUCUUUAGGUAUUCUUUUCAUUAGUCCACUGUUGAUACAGUCCCAAAAUGUUUUGCAUGUCAUCAGUCAAGUUUUCAAGAUAUAGGAUUUUCAUUUUCACUGUGUUUUUCAUCAUGAUGAUACAUUUUGCUUUAUCAUGAUACUGUGGCAAGUGAAACUUUGCUUCUUGAAAAUCCUAUAUCUUGAAAACUUGACUGCUGACUUGCAAAACAUUUUGGGAUUGUAUCAACAGUGGACUAAUUAAAAAAAUACCACUAGAUAGUUUGAGUGGAUUAUUCCUUUAAACCUACCAAUCACACUGUCCACUUGAAAUGAAUGUAGCCAACAGAGUCUAACACUAAUCAGGCAAUUGAUUUUGAUUGAACAAUAUUCAUUAUUCAACAGUUUAUACUUUGUUAGUAUUACUUUUUAUAUAACCAUUCCGAAUUAAGCAUAAAGGCUAACUAUGAUGCUAUAAUUUCUACAUGGCUUGACCUAGCAUUUCGGAAAUAGGUUUGAAAUAUAGCUCUCCCUUUGCUUUUUUCAACAAACAUAAUUGUUCAUGGAUAGCCUCCAAUAAUUCAAACAAUGAAAAUACCAAGACAUGCCUAAUUUCUUUACUUCCACCACCUAUAAAAACAGAAAUUCCCCUCAUCUCAAUGUUUUGAGAUGCUAACAUGAAUUGACCAGGUAGAUAACCUCUUGCAAAGAAGUCACACAUUUAUAUCUUACAAUUAUUUGGCUACAAAGCACUCUAGAUUGGGAGGAAUAGGCUAAGUACUGUGACAACCAGACGGGGUCUCCCCUAUUCACAGCAAUCAGCGGUUAUUGCAUUUCCUCCCGCAUGUUGUUGCUGUCUGUUAUAUUAAUUCCCAACCUUUCGGACGCGCACCUGAGUGGCUGGAAGCGGCACUGGUCAGCCACUGAGUAGGGUAGCAGAUUAUCCAUCCUGAAGGGCACAAACUGCAGUAGGUGGCCCCUUCCCUGAAAUAUAUUUUCUUAGUAAACAAAACGUUAGAAACAGUUAGCCUACAUGUUACACAGACCUUUUUUGGGCAGUUUUGGAAAUGCUAUAUUGUAAAACUGAAUAAACAGAAACUAACUGGAAGUUUGGAACAAGAACCCUUCGGCUCACUAAAGCUACAUGCUCUGCCUCAGUUGAGCCCUGCUAGCUACCACUGACCCAGUCAACCCUGACUGAGACCACGCCCCAGUGCUCCACUCAUUGUGCGUGGCAGGAAGUGUCCUGUACUGACACGUAGGGCUGACAGUCCAAUCAUUCCACCGUCCAAGGCCAAACUAUUUCCCUGGCCUCAUUUCUCACCACUCUCCCCUACUCCUAACCCAUCUCGCCCUCUCUUCACCCUCCCUCACUCCUGUCCUGACAGUGGGGUCUUGGCUGGCAUGGGCACAGAGAUGUCACAUGUAUGUGUGAGAUAUAGCUAGCAGGCUGGCACAGAGAUGGCCAUAGUAAGAGAUCAGAUUGCGUGUGUGUGUAACUCCUCUAGCCUGUCCCAUCAUGUCACAGUGCUAUGAAGUUGUAUGUCACCAAAUGAAGAGAGGAGGGACGAGAAAAGGGGAAACUUAUCUGGACUGAAGCAGUGGGGGUUACUGACCUGCUACACUAGACCUGUAGCUUUUGCAGAGCGUGAGACGCUCCUCGAUGCCCUAGUGUAGCUCCUAUGUUGGGGUAGUAGCUGUAUGUAGUGAGAGCACGUUAAGGGUUAGUGGGGUUCGGAUAAAGUUUAGUUGGGUUAGUUAGGUUUAAUUAGUGUUUAGUAGUGGGAGCGGAUCAAAGGGCUCUGCUAGAUUACAGCCCAGAGACCAGUCUGUCUCAGACCACUUACGUAAACAAUGGAUUAGAACUAUAGAAUAGGACCAAACCUUGAACAUUCUUUGGUUUUAGGGAACAAUAAUAGUAGUCUACACUCACAUUCAACACACACACACACACACACAAACAAACAAAGCUGAUAAAUCCAGAGAGAGCUGUGGUGUAAAGUAAUCCACUUGAUCCUGAUUAAAGUGGAGUGGGUUUUAAUCAUCUCGGUGUGCACAUAUGUAUAUAAUCAGAUAAUCUCAUGCUCUCUCUCCCUCUCUCUCUCUCUCAGGUAUGGUCUGAAGCCCAACGACCAGAUCCUGGCAGAGGACAAGCACAAAGCAUUGUGGGUACCUCCUACCACUUCCAUUAAUUCAAACAAUCAUUCAACAUCAUCCGAGGUUAAUCUAGUCUCAGUAGCCUCACAUUUGCCUUGUUUCUCUGUUGCAUGAAGAAGUGUUUUUCCAUUUUAGACUCCUGAUUGACUGUUGGUGCGCUGUGUGGUCACUGUUCAGACACGCACGCACACAUGCAGGGUCCGUAAAUUCACACACUGAGCUGUUCUCUUUCCUGGAGUGGGCUGGACAGAACAGACACGUUCUAGAAUUCACCAGGACGAGUCUAGCCAAUGAUGGGGCAGGAGGUUCAGAACUAGCCAAUAGAAGAGCAAGAGGCCUAACCUCCCCCUCCCUCCGGGCCAAAGCAGUUAGAGAAAGAAAGUCUACAUUUAAUCACAGAGAGAUAAGAAGACAGCAGAGUGGAAGGUUUUCCCAAGAUUCAGUAGGAUACAACCAAGGUUGUAUUCAGAUCAGUAUAUCAUAUGAAUGUGGUACCCUAAAACAUUGAGCACUUCUCAAGGCGUUGGGAGAAUAAUUUGGCAUGCAGCUAGCUAGCUAAGCAAACAACGUGUCAUUUAGCUUGCUUCAUCAGAUAUUAGGCUUUUGGAAAGAGCUUGACAUCGCCAAGUUCUCGUCCUGGCAAAGUUGUCAGUCGGACUACUGUCAUCACCAUUAUAGAUGGCAAGCAAAUCAAACAAUAUUUGGAUAUAGCCAUCUAGUUUAUUUCCUGAAAGUUAGCUUGUUAACUAUAUUGACGUGAUCUGUUAUUAGCUAGCUAGCUAAUUUGACGUGGUCCAAGUUGGUUAGAGAAAAAGUACAUUUGUUCUACUUACCACUAUGUUUAGCCAACUGUACAAAGUUUCUACGCUACCGUUAGCUUGCAAAGUAAACAUUAUCAGCUAACAGUACAUCGGCAAAUGCGCCCUUCUGCUGCUUGACAGGCAGAGCCCACAAAGGAUGGAAAAUUAACCUAAACCACUCAUGCUUGUCAGGUAUAGAUCACUUUUAUUUUUAUAUCACUGAAAUAUCAAAUGAAUGGUGGCUGAUAUCUUGAGGCUACCCUCACGUAUCUGAAAUUACAUGAUCAAUUGAUAUGUACUGAUCAUGAAAGCAUGCAGUUACUUGCUGUAUAACUCUGAUGAUAGAGCUAAAUGUGUGCAAUUGUUACCGAGGUAAAGACAGAUUCAGGUUGGAUAUUCAACGGAUAUUCGCCUGUAGUUUUCCUUACGUCCACCAACAGCAGUUAGGGACGUCAACAUGGUGACAAAUCAACAUUUUCACAUUUCAAUAGCUGUUUAACGAUUAAAACUUUCAAAACUGGUUCUAGCGAACCCGAUGGCAGAGAGACAUAUUGCACAAACUUUUUUUUGUUGAUUUACAUCUCGCACUAUUUUAAAUUAUUUGUUUUAAUUUUUGAAAUUCAAUAGCGCCUUGGUCAUGUGACCCACACACCAAAAACAAGGUUCAUAAUGGCCUACACAUUGCACAUCCUUUUGUAUGUCCAUUUGCAUCUCAUGAGAUUUUACAAUAAUUUUUACAAGUUUCACAUUUCAAUAGCUCCUUAGUCAUAUGAUCUACACCCCUCAAACUACUUUCAGAAUAUCCACUGAGUAGCCUUAUACAGUGAGGGGAAAAAAGUAUUUGAUCCCCUGCUGAUUUUGUACGUUUGCCCUCUGACAAAGAAAUGAUCAGUCUAUAAUUUUAAUGGUAGGUUUAUUUGAACAGUGAAAGACAGAAUAACAACAAAAUAAUCCAGAAAAACGCAUGUGAAAAAUGUUAUAAAUUGAUUUGCAUUUUAAUGAGGGAAAUAAGUAUUUGACCCCUCUGCAAAACAUUACUUAGUACUUUGUGGCAAAACCCUUGUUGGCAAUCACAGAGGUCAGACGUUUCUUGUAGUUGGCCACCAGGUUUGCACACAUCUCAGGAGGGAUUUUGUCCCACUCCUCUUUGCAGAUCUUCUCCAAGUCAUUAAGGUUUCGAGGCUGACGUUUGGCAACUCGAACCUUCAGCUCCCUCCACAGAUUUUCUAUGGGAUUAAGGUCUGGAGACUGGCUAGGCCACUCCAGGACCUUAAUGUGCUUCUUCUUGAGCCACUCCUUUGUUGCCUUGGCCAUGUGUUUUGGGUCAUUGUCAUGCUGGAAUACCCAUCCACGAUCCAUUUUCAAUGCACUGGCUGAGGGAAGAAGGUUCUCACCCAAGAUUUGACGGUACAUGGCCCCGUCCAUCGUCCCUUUGAUGCAGUGAAGUUGUCCUGUCCCCUUAGAAGAAAAACACCCCCAAAGCAUAAUGUUUCCACCUCCAUGUUUGACGGUGGGGAUGGUGUUCUUGGGGUCAUAGGCAUUAUUCCUCCUCCUCCAAACACGGCGAGUUGAGUUGAUGCCAAAGAGCUCAAUUUUGGUCUCAUCUGACCACAACACUUUCACCCAGUUCUCCUCUGAAUCGUUCAGAUGUUCAUUGGCAAACUUCAGACGGGCCUGUAUAUGUGCUUUCUUGAGCAGGGGGACCUUGCGGGCGCUGCAGGAUUUCAGUCCUUCACGGCGUAGUGUGUUACCAAUUGUUUUCUUGGUGACUAUGGUCCCAGCUGCCUUGUGAUCAUUGACAAGAUCCUCCUGUGUAGUUCUGGGCUGAUUCCUCACCGUUCUCAUGAUCAUUGCAACUCCACGAGGUGAGAUCUUGCAUGGAGCCCCAGGCCGAGGGAGAUUGACAGUUUUUUUCUGUUUCUUCCAUUUGCGAAUAAUCGCACCAACUGUUGUCACCUUCUCACCAAGCUGCUUGGCGAUGGUCUUGUAGCCCAUUCCAGCCUUGUGUAGGUCUACAAUCUUGUCCCUGACAUCCCUGAAGAGCUCUUUGGUCUUGGCCGUGGUGGAGAGUUUGGAAUCUGAUUGAUUGAUUGCUUCUGUGGACAGGUGUCUUUUAUACAGGUAACAAGAUGAGAUUAGGAGCACUCCCUUUAAGAGUGUGCUCCUAAUCUCAGCUCGUUACCUGUAUAAAAGACACCUGGGAGCCAGAAAUCUUUCUGAUUGAGAGGGGGUCAAAUACUUAUUUCCCUCAUUAAAAUGCAAAUCAAUUUAUAACAUUUUUUCCAUGUGUUUUUCUGGAUUUUUUUGUUAUUCUUUCUCUCCCUGUUCAAAUAAACCUACCAUUAAAAUUAUAGACUGAUAAUUUCUUUGUCAGUCGGCAAACGUACAAAAUCAGCAGGGGAUCAAAUACUUUUUUCCUUCACUAUAUGUAGCACAACCUUUUAUUUGUCCAUUUUCCUUUCAGGUGAUUUUACAUGAAUUUGUCUAUGUUUUUCAUUGUUUCCAAUUUCAAUAGCUCCUUGGUCAUGUGAUCUACAACCCUGAAACUACUUUCAGAACAUCCACUCACUAGCCUUAUAUAUUGCACAACCUUUUGUUUGUCCAUUUUCCUCUCAGGUGAUGUUACAUGAAUUUGUCUAUGUUUUUCAUUGUUUCGAAUUUCAAUUGCUCUCUGGUCAUGUGACCUACAACCCUCAAACUGCUGUCAGAAUAUCCACUGACAAGCCUUAUAUAUUGCACACCCUUCGUCCAUUUUCAUCUCAGGUGGUGUGCAAUAUAUAAGGCUUGUCAGUGGAUAUUCUGACAGCAGUUUGAGGGUUGUGGGUCACAUGACCAGAGAGCUAUUGAAAUUAGAAAGUUAAAAAGAUUCAUGUAAAAAUGUGUGAGAUGAAAAUGGACAAACUAAAGGGUGUGCAAUGUGUAGGCCCAAUGAGUGUACAUGCUGAACCUUGUUUGAGGUCAGUAGGUCACAUGACCAAGGAGCUAUUGAAAUUCGAAUGUAAAAAAAGUUUGUACUUUGUUUACGCUCCCUAACUAAUUCAACUAGGAAUAUGGAAUGUUGCUCACAUUUCCACAUGUUUAUUAGCUUUGGAAAGCAAAGUAAUGUCCAUAACAUGAAAAUAAGACCUGUGCAAUGUUGUGCGCAAUUAUUCCAACAUCAUGACACUUAUUUGGAGUCUGUGGCUCAAGUGGUAUGAAAGCUAUUGAGGUUUGAAUGCGCGAAUAUCCAACCUGAAACUGUCUUUACCUCAGUGCAAUUGUUUUGCAUGGAAUAAUUGGAAAAUUGUAGUUCUGACUAUGCUCUUCAAGAGGUGAUGAUAUUCCAACUAAAUACUUAACAUUUAUUUAACAAUCCCUUGAAAACGACACGCAGUUGUCAAUAGUUUUAGCGUAGCUGGGGUUCUCCUUGCCCAACAGCAGGCAAAUUGAACACUGCACCUUAUUGUGAAAUGUUAUUGAUAACGACCUAUUAACUAAGUGUCUCAGAGAAGGAAUGCUGAUUUUGCCAAUUCAAUCACAAUUAAUAUGAUUACAUGGACACGGGGAACCUGAUCCUAGAUCAACAUUCUUAGGGGACUUUCACGUCGAAUUGGUUUGUAGCGUUUUUUUUACAACUGUAGUGCGUUUCCCCUCUAGUUCGGUUUGGUUGGACUGGUGUGAACACUAUCGCACUCGGGAGCGCACUAAACAACGCACCGUGAUUCGCUGCAGGUGAGAACGCAGUCAGGUCCAAACACAGGAAAAGAACCAGAGUUGCGCAGUAUGAUUGGUUGCAAAAUGCAUGCAGCAUCAUAACUUGACAUCUCUGAAACAUUGUGAGUAGCAGCGCAUUUAUGAGUGUAUCCGAUUAGGGGAGACAGGGGCUAUAAUGGGGAUAUAGGUUACUGAAUAGCCUAUUCACAUUGCAGUUGGAGUGGUUAUUGCUCAGUUUCCUCCCGCAUGUUUUUGGAAGACCAAAGCGAAAGUAUUAUGAAGAUUGGAACACACAAGUGAUGCUUCAUGAUGCUCAUAGAUGGAUUUAACGUGAGCAUUUAUGUCCAAUAAACAAAUGACUUGCAUGGACACGUGGUUUUUGUUUAGGAAUUUUAGUUUGUUUGACAUUUGGCAAUAUGAAACCAACCGGACCAAAAAUCAAUAAAUAGAGCUAUAGCUCAAAACUAUGUGGGAAAAGCCCUUACUCUGAGACUUGAUUCAUACUGCCCCAGAAAAUAUGUACAUAGUUAUUAUAUCUGGAGCAUGUCCAGACUGAAGGAGCAGAGAGAGGUGUGUAAAAGGCAACAGUCUCUGUUUGUUGUAGCCUUGGGAGUUUCCCUCCGCUCUAAUCCAGGCGUUCCCAUUGGUCGAGGAGAAACGUCUCACUGCAGGAGGCGUAUUGAGACUAAGAAGUGUAACAUUCAGGACGUUACAGAUAUAAAUUAGUUGAUUUAUUCUACUUGUCAGACAAUCAUAUCUGCUCUACACAACUCAUUUCUAUCUGAACGUUCUGUAACUUUGUGUCAUACUGAACGGACCCCAUGUGUAGGUGUUUGAGCUGUGUCCUAGGUGUGCUGUCCCCCUUCCCCCCAGCCCAUUCCUGUCCAGAUGUUUGAGUUGUGACCAAUACUGACCUCAGCUGUUCUGUUAGCCAACAACCACCCUGCUCUAGUUGAGUCAGCAGACAGACUGGGCAGUAAACAAACCACUAAGGUUGGGAAAUAGCUGUGCUGGAGGGCGAAGGCCUCUGAUUCACUCCUCUGCGUCUCUCUAAGCCAAUGGCGCAAACAGUCUCGCAAAAUCUCAGCCUCACCUCCUUGGCACUGUGAUCUGCUGGGCCAGCCCUAUUUUAGUCUGUUUAACAUGCAUUCCCCCCUUACAUACAUACACACGCGGACCAGCACAUGCACGCACGCAAACACCUCCCUCUCUCCCCCAUCCGUCUCUCUCCCCCUCUACCAUCCCCUUUCCAUCUCUCACUCUCUCUCUCACUCCAUCUGUCGGUCUGUGUGUGUUAUCAGUAGGUGAUAAGGCUGCUAAGUAUAGAGAACAGAACAUGUAACUUGGGCCAUAACGGUCUUUAGCUCUGUCUCAGAGGAAAAUAUAAUGUUUCUCAAACCAUAUGUACUGAAUCGUAGUAAAGCUUGAAACCAUAUAACAAACUUUUCCCUGUUGUCUUAAACAUUGUACGUGCAUGUGUGUUGUAGGUUUGAAGAGAUUGUCAAAAAGUUUAAAGUAGAGUACCAUGCCGGAGGAGCUACACAGAACUCUAUAAAAAUCGCCCAGGUAUGACACACACACACACAUUUAGUCAUUACACUAUCCCACAGUACCUUCUCCGAAAUGUAUGUUUCAUUCACACACACUGACACACACCACACACUCUAAACUACUCUAACACACACCCACUCCUCUCCAGUGGAUGAUCCAGGAUCCCCACAAAGUGUGUACGUUCUUCGGCUGUAUCGGGGAGGAUAAGUUUGGGGAGAUUCUGAAACAGAAGUCAGAGGAGGCCCACGUGGACGCCCACUACUAUGAGCAGACAGAGAAGCCUACAGGGACCUGUGCCGCAUGCAUCACCGGGGACAACAGGUAAACACGACAUUCUCUCGCUCUCAUAAUACACACAUACACACACUUUCUCACUCAUAAUAUACACACACACUCCAAGGACAACAGGUCAAGAUUCCACUCCAUCGAACGCCAAAGUGUCCCUCUCAUCAACUGCAAUCUUUCUUUUGUUCCCUGUCUCAGGUCUCUGGUAGCUAACCUAGCGGCAGCUAACUGUUAUAAGAAGGACAAACAUCUGGACUUGAAGGAGAACUGGAAACUGGUGGAGAAAGCCAAAGUCUACUAUAUUGCUGUGAGUAACAAAGACCACAUACACUACCAGUCAAAAGUUUGGACACACCUACUCAUUCAAGGGUUUUUCUUUAUUUUUACUAUUUUCUACAUUGUAGAAUAAUAGUGAAGACAUCAAAACUAUGAAUUAACCCAUAUGGAAUCAUGUAGUAACCAAACAAUAGCCAUCCUUUGCCUUGAUGACAGCUUUGCACACUCUUGGCAUUCUCUCAACCAGCUUCACCUGGAAUGCUUUUCCAACAGUCUUGAAGGAGUUCCCACAUAUGCUGAGCACUUGUUGGCUGCUUUUCCUUCACUCUGCCGUCCAACUCAUCCCAAACCAUCUCAAUUGGUUUGAGGUCGGGGGAUUGUGGAGGCCAGGUCAUCUGAUGCAGCACUCCAUCACUCUCCUUCUUCUAAAAUAGCCCUUACACAGCCUGGAGGUGUGUUGGGUCAUUGUCCUGUUGAAAAACAAAUGAUAGUCCCACUAAGCCCAAACCAGAUGGGAUGGCGUAUUGCUGCAGAAUGCUGUGGUAGCCAUGCUGGUUAAGUGUGCCUUGAAUUCUAAAUAAAUCACAGAAUGUGUCACCAGCAAAGCACCCCCACACCAUAAACCUCCCCCUCCAUGCUUUACGGUGGGAACUAAACAUGCAGAGAUCAUCCGUUCACCCACACCGCGUCUCACAAAGACACGGCGGUUUGAACCAAACAUUUCAAAUUUAGACUCCAGACCAAAGGACACAUUUCCACCGGUCUAAUGGCCGGUUCACACAGUCCCCUCUGAACAGUUGAUGUUGAGAUGUGUCUGUGACUUGAACUCUGUGAAGCAUUUAUUUGGGCUGCAAUUUCUGAGGCUGGUAACUCUAAUAAACUUAUGCUCUGCAGCAGAGGUAACUGUGGGUCUUCCAUUCCUGUGGCGGUCCUCAUGAGAGCCAGUUUCAUCAUAGCGCUUGAUGGUUUUUGCGACUGCACUUGAAGAAACUUUAAAAGUUCUUGACAUUUUCCGUAUUGACAGACCUUCAUGUCUUAAAGUAAUGAUGGACUGUCAUUUCUCGUUGCUUAUUUGAGCUGUUAUUGCCAUGAUUGUGUUAUUUCAUAGUUUUGAUGUCUUCACUAUUAUUCUACAAUGUAAAAAAUAAAAAUAAAGAAAAACCCUCGAAUGAGUAGGUGUGUUCAAACUUUUGACUGGUAGUGUACAUAUACACUGAGUAGCAAAUAUACACUGAGUAGCAUUGAUUAUAACAGGCUUACUAGCAUUGAUUAUAACAUACUGUGUAGCAUUGAUUAUAACAGGCUGUGAAUAAUUUAUUAUAACAUGCUUAGUAGCAUGGAUUAUAACAGGUUUAGUAGCAUGGAUAAUAGCAGGUUUAGUAGCAUGGAUUAUAACAGGUUUAGUAGCAUGGAUUAUAGCAGGUUUAGUAGCAUGGAUUAUAGCAGGUUUAGUUGCAUGGAUUAUAACAGGUUUCGUAGCAUGGAUUAUAACAUACUGUGUAGCAUUGAUUAUAACAGGCUGUGCAGCAUUGAUUGUAACAGGCUGUGAAUAAUUUAUUAUAACAUGCUUAGUAGCAUGGAUUAUAACAGGUUUAGUAGCAUGGAUUAUAGCUGGUUUAGUAGCAUGGAUUAUAACAGGUUUAGUAGCAUGGAUUAUAACAGGUUUAGUAGCAUGGAUUAUAACAGGUUUAUUAGCAUGGAUUAUAACAGGUUUAGUAGCAUGGAUUAUAGCAGGUUUAGUAGCAUGGAUUAUAACAGGUUUAUUAGCAUGGAUUAUAACAGGUUUAGUAGCAUGGAUUACAGCAGGUUUAUUAGCAUGGAUUAUAACAGGUUUAUUAGCAUGGAUUAUAACAGGUUUAUUAGCAUGGAUUAUAACAGGUUUAGUAGCAUGGAUUAUAGCAGGUUUAUUAGCAUGGAUUAUAACAGGUUUAGUAGCAUGGAUUACAGCAGGUUUAUUAGCAUGGAUUAUAACAGGUAUAGUAGCAUGGAUUAUAACAUGUUUAGUUGCAUGGAUUAUAACAGGUUUAGUAGCAUGGAUUAUAACAGGUUUAGUAGCAUGGAUUAUAACAGGUUUAUUAGCAUGGAUUAUAACAGGUUUAUUAGCAUGGAUUAUAACAGGUUUAGUAGCAUGGAUUAUAGCAGGUUUAUUAGCAUGGAUUAUAACAGGUUUAGUUGCAUGGAUUAUAACAGGUUUAUUAGCAUGGAUUAUAACAGGUAUAGUAGCAUGGAUUAUAACAUGUUUAGUUGCAUGGAUUAUAACAGGUUUAGUAGCAUGGAUUAUAACAGGUUUAGUAGCAUGGAUUAUAACAGGUUUAGUAGCAUGGAUUAUAACAGGUUUAGUAGCAUGGAUUAUAACAGGUUUAUUAGCAUGGAUUAUAACAGGUUUAGUAGCAUGGAUUAUAGCAAAUUUAGUAGCAUGGAUUAUAACAGGUUUAGUAGCAUGGAUUAUAACAGGUUUAUUAGCAUGGAUUAUAACAGGUUUAUUAGCAUGGAUUACAGCAGGUUUAUUAGCAUGGAUUAUAACAGGUUUAUUAGCAUGGAUUAUAACAGGUUUAUUAGCAUGGAUUAUAACAGGUUUAGUAGCAUGGAUUAUAGCAGGUUUAUUAGCAUGGAUUAUAACAGGUUUAGUAGCAUGGAUUACAGCAGGUUUAUUAGCAUGGAUUAUAACAGGUUUAGUAGCAUGGAUUAUAACAGGUUUAGUUGCAUGGAUUAUAACAGGUUUAGUUGCAUGGAUUAUAACAGGUUUAGUUGCAUGGAUUAUAACAGGCUUAGUUGCAUGGAUUAUAACAGGUUUAUUAGCAUGGAUUUAACAGGUUUAGUAGCAUGGAUUAUAACAGGUUUAGUUGCAUGGAUUAUAACAGGUUUAUUAGCAUGGAUUAUAACGGGUUUAUAUAGCAUGGAUUAUAACAGGUUUAGUAGCAUGGAUUAUAACAGGUUUAGUAGCAUGGAUUAUAACAGGUUUAUAGCAUGGAUUAUAACAGGUUAGUUGCAUGGAUUAUAACAGGUUUAUUAGCAUGGAUUAUAACAGGUUUAGUAGCAUGGAUUAUAACAGGUUUAGUAGCAUGGAUUAUAACAGGUUUAGUUGCAUGGAUUAUAACAGGUUUAUUAGCAUGGAUUAUAACAGGUUUAGUAGCAUGGAUUAUAACAGGUUUAGUAGCAUGGAUUAUAACAGGUUUAGUUGCAUGGAUUAUAACAGGUUUAGUAGCAUGGAUUAUAACAGGUUUAGUUGCAUGGAUUAUAACAGGUUUAGUUGCAUGGAUUAUAACAGGUUCAGUAGCAUGGAUUAUAACAGGUUUAGUAGCAUGGAUUAUAACAGGUUUAGUAGCAUGGAUUAUAACAGGUUUAGUAGCAUGGAUUAUAACAGGUUUAUUAGCAUGGAUUAUAACAGGUUUAGUAGCAUGGAUUAUAACAGGUUUAGUAGCAUGGAUUAUAACAGGUUUAGUAGCAUGGAUUAUAACAGGUUUAGUAGCAUGGAUUAUAACAGGUUUAUUAGCAUGGAUUAUAACAGGUUUAGUAGCAUGGAUUAUAACAGGUUUAUUAGCAUGGAUUAUAACAGGUUUAGUAGCAUGGAUUAUAACAGGUUUAGUUGCAUGGAUUAUAACAGGUUUAGUAGCAUGGAUUAUAACAGGUUUAGUAGCAUGGAUUAUAACAGGUUUAUUAGCAUGGAUUAUAACAGGUUUAGUUGCAUGGAUUAUAACAGGUUCAGUAGCAUGGAUUAUAACAGGUUUAGUAGCAUGGAUUAUAACAGGUUUAGUAGCAUGGAUUAUAACAGGUUUAUUAGCAUGGAUUAUAACAGGUUUAGUAGCAUGGAUUAUAACAGGUUUAGUAGCAUGGAUUAUAACAGGUUUAGUUGCAUGGAUUAUAACAGGUUUAGUAGCAUGGAUUAUAACAGGCUUAGUUGUAUGGAUUAUAACAUACUGUGAAGCAUUGAUUAUAACAUGCUCUGUAACAUUAUUACAUGCGGUGUAGCAUUGAUUAUAACAGGCUGUGUAGAAUUGAUUAUAACAGGUUUAGUAACAUUGAUUACAACAGGCUGUGUAGCAGUGAUAACAGGCUUUAUUAUCUUCUCUGUAGGGUUUCUUCCUGACAGUGUCUCUGGAGUCCAUACUGAAAGUGGCCAAACACGCGUCUGAGAAUAACAAGCUGUUCACUCUGAACCUCUCCGCUCCCUUCAUCUCCCAGUUCUUCAAAGACGGCCUCAUGGAGGUCAUGCCCUACGUGGACGUGCUGUUCGGCAACGAGACGGUACACACACACACACCCUCAUUCACUAAUUUAUCCGGUAUCUAGGUCCUUCUAGAGAGAGAGACAGACAAACAGAUGGGUAAAGUGAGAGUGUGACAGGGAGAGAGUGACGGAAAGAAAGGGAGCAAUGGGCAAAUAGGCAGAGAAAGGGUGACAGACACAGGCAGACAGAUAGGGAGCGAGAGGACGAUGGAGAGAGACCGACAGGCAAACGAGGUAGAACGUUAUGGCGAAAUACACUGAAUGCACAAAACAUUAGGAACACCUUCCUUUUGCCCUCAGAACAGCCUCAAUUCGUCAGGGCAUGGACUCUACAAAGUGUCGAAAGCGUUCUACAGGGAUGCUGGCCCAUGUUGACUCCAAUGCGUCCCACAGUUGUGUCAAGUUGGCUGGAUGUCCUUUGGGUGGUGGACCAUUCUUGAUACACACAGGAAACUGUUGAGCCUGAAAAACCCAGUAGCGUUGCAGUUCUUGACACACUCAAACCGGUGCGCCCGGCACCUACUACCAUACUGAUAUAGAAAUUAAAAUUUAUACAGGUUAAAAGUAAUGACAAAAUGUUCCACCCUUAAAUAUAGUUGUGAAAUGUUCUUGUUUUAAGUAUGAUUAGUACUUUCUUAGUAGUGACUAAUUAUUAUACUCCGAAACUGUGUGAGAUGUGUUAGAAUCUACUACUUGGUAAUGUGUGAGUGUAGGACCAGUAAAGAUUAUGACAUUGUGUUACUAUUUAGCAAUGUGAGUAGGCGUUAGACCGGACGGCGAAGAAGAAGAACUGUUAAACAUGGUGCAGAAUAUUGUGAGAACGGUGAUAACUGAGGAAUAUAGGGAGGAGAGAAACUGUUAGGCUUGGAAGAGUGUGUGUGUGUGUGUGUGUGUGUGUGUGUGUGUGUGUGUGUGACCUGAUGGUCAGGAGAGCAGUUUUCCAGUGGAAAACUACAGCCCGCCUAAAGAGGGGUGGGAUUUUUCCUCUGACGUGUGCAUAUAAAAAUAUUGUACGACCAUUUUGUUUUAGAACGUUCUCAUUAAUAAAGCCUGAUGAUUGUAUGCUGGGCUGCUUGAUCUGAUUAUUAGAGAUUUACAACCUCUGGGAUACAGACUGAGUAAUAAGUUCAUUUUUGAAACAUUGGGAUAUAAAUUCUCGUAACACAUACCCCUUUCAAAGGCACUUAAAUAUUUUGUCUUGCCCCUUCACCCUCUGAAUGGCACACAUAAACAAACCAUGUCUCAAGGGUUAAAAUUCCUUCUUUAACCUGUCUCCUCCCCUUCACCUACACUGAUAUGAAGUGGCAUUUAACAGGGGACAUCAAUAAGGGAUCAUAGACUGACCAGGUGAAAGUUAUGUCAUGAAAAGAGCAGGUGUUCCUAAUGUUUUGUACACUCCGUGUAUACGGAGACUAAUGGGACAUUUCUGUUUUUCAGGAGGCGGCUACGUUUUCAAAAGAGCAAGGCUUUCAGGUGAGUGGACUGCGAUUUCAAACACAAACACUCUUGUAUAUUAGAAUAGCUUGUUUGUGACUACGAUGUGUGUUUGUAGACUGAGGACAUCGAGGAGAUUGCUAAGAAGGCCCAGGCUCUUCCCAAAGUCAACAAGAAGAGACCGAGAAUUGUUGUCUUAACUCAGGGGAAGGACGGAACCAUCAUGACCAAUGGUAACUACACAUAUACACACACGUUGACAGGCACACACGCUGACACUCGCACACUGAUAUGAGUGCAGAAACUAGCCUGACUUCAGCAACUCGUGGGAAUUGGCCUAUAUGUAUAAGGCUACAUUUAAAUGUUUCUUACACAAUAAAUAUGAAAAGCAUAUGCAUAACCAUGGUUGCAAUUGAACGGGAACAUUUUGGAGAUAAUGGGGAAAUUAUUAGACCAAAGGUGAGUACACAACAGUUCACAAGACUGAAUCCAAACAUUACACUUUUGAUUUUAUGUGCAUUUUACAUUUACUGUACUUUUCGCCACAUUUGUUGAUAAUGAAUUCUGAAAAUACUGAUUCAGUAACAUAAAACUAUUCCUGGAAAAUGUGGGGUAGGUGCAACAUAAGACAAAACAAUUACAAGGGUUUGAGUGAGAGGACAAACUGGUGUCUCACAUCUCCAAAGUGUGUGCAGUUCCUAAGCAAAUUCAAUGCACUUUUAAUAAAAUAAAAUAAAAUAAAAAUGUAUUUGUCACAUGCGCCGAAUACAACAGGUGUAGACCUUACAGUGAAAUGCUUACUUACAAGCCCUUAACCAACAAUGCAGUUUUAAGAAAGAAUACAAAAUAUAUAUAUAUAUUUACAUUUUACAUUUUUAGUCAUUUAGCAGACGCUCUUAUCCAGAGCGACUUACAUGAGCAAUUAGGGUUAAGUGCCUUGCUCAAGGGCACAUCGACAGAUUUUUCACCUAGUAUAUAUAUAUAUACAGUGGGGAGAACAAGUAUUUGAUACACUGCCGAUUUUGCAGGUAUUUUGCAAAAAUCCAGAAAAUCACAUUGUAUGAUUUUUAAGUAAUUCAUUUUCAUUAAACCUCUUGGACCUAGACUUGGCGCUACGGUACCGCUUGCCGUGCGGUAGCGGAGAGAACAGUCUAUGACUAGGGUGACUGGAGUCUUUGACCAUUUGUAGGGCCUUCCUCUGACACCGUCUGGUAUAGAGGUCCUGGAUGGCAGGAAGCUUGGCCCCAGUGAUGUACUGGGCCGUACGCACUACCCUCUGUAGUGCCUUGCGGUCGGAGGCCGAGCAGUUGCCAUUACCAGGCAAUGAUGCAACCAGUCAGGAUGUUCUCGAUGGUGCAGCUGUAGAACCUUUUGAGGAUCUGAGGACCCAUGCCAAAUCUUUUCAGUCUCCUGAGGGGGAAUAGGCUUUGUCGUGCCCUCUUCACGACUGUCUUGGUGUGCUUGGACCAUGGUAGUUUGUUUGAUGUGGACACCAAGGAACUUCAAGCUCUCAACCUGCUCCACUACAGCCCCGUCGAUGAGAAUCGGUGGCGUGCUCGGUCCUCUUCUUUUUCCUGUAGUCCACAAUCAUCUCCUUUGUCUUGAUCACGUUGAGGGAGAGGUUGUUGUCCUGGCACCAAACGGCCAGGUCUCUGACCUCCUCCCUAUAGGCUGUCUCAUCGUUGUCGGUGAUCAGGCCUACCACUGUUGUGUCAUCGGCAAACUUAAUGAUGGUGUUGGAGUCGUGCCUGGAGUGAACAAGGAGUACAGGAGAGGACUGAGCACGCACCCCUGAGGGGCCCCUGUGUUGAGGAUCAGCAUGGCGGAUGUGUUGUUACCUACCCUUACCACCUGGGGGGCGGCCCGUCAGGAAGUCCAGGAUCCAGUUGCAGAGGGAGGUGUUUAGUCCCAGGGUCCUUAGCUUAGUAAUGAGCUUUGAGGGCACUAUGGUGUUGAACGCUGAGCUGUAGUCAAUGAAUAGUAUUCUCACAUAGGUGUUCAUUUUGUCCAGGUAUGAAAGGGCAGUGUGGAGCGCAAUAGAGAUUGCAUCAUCUGUGGAUCUGUUGGGGCGAUAUGCAAAUUGGAUGGGUCUAGGGUUUCUGGGAUAAUGGUGUUGAUGUGAGCCAUGACAAGCCUUUCAAAGCACUUCAUGGCUACAGACGUGAGUGCUACGGGUCGGUAGUCAUUUAGGCAGAUUACCUUAGUGUUCUUAGGCAUAGGGACUAUGGUGGUCUGCUUGAAACAUGUUGGUAUUACAGACUCAGACAGGGAAAGGUUGAAAAUGUCAGUGCAUGCUUGGAGUACACGUCCUGGUAAUCCGUCUGGCCCUGCGGCCUUGUGAAUAUUGAGCUGUUUAAAGGUCUUACUCACAUCGGCUGCGGAGAGUGUGAUCACACAGUAAUCCGGAACAGCUGAUGCUCUCAUGCAUGUUUCAGUGUUACUUGCCUCGAAGCGAGCAUAGAAGUAGUUUAGCUCGUCUGGUAGGCUCGUGUCACUGGGCAGCUCGUGGCUGUGCUUCCCUUUGUAGUCUAUAAUAGUUUGCAAGCCCUGCCACAUCUGACGAGCGUCGGAGCCGGUGUAGAAGAGUCUUCAACUAUAAGGUACUUUUUUGAGCUCUCCUACCUGUGCCGUUGAGGAACUAGAGCAAACACACUUAAGUAGUUGUUUUGUUUGGAACACAGCCCUGCAACCCAGCCAUUAAACAAUAACUGUUGUUGUUUACGCAAUCCCAAAACGGUCGAUUAUAAAUCACAAUCUGGGUCAGGUGGGUAUGAUUUGAAAGCUUGUUCUAUUGCCAACAUUACUAGCUAAGUUAUAAAAUAUGAUCUUACAGUGUUAGGCUUUCACAAGGCAAUUCAGAGAAACAGAUUGUAAUUGGUGCUCAUAGAAAGGAUUCAUGAGUGCAUUGAGGUGCGUGUGCCGCAGUGAAUUUUCUUCACAAUAAACAAACAUGGGCUCAUUCUGUUCAGAACAACCCAGAGUAUGAUGCCAUAUCAUCAUGUAACGGUACAUCAAACAUUGAUCAUAAACAUUGACACUGUAUAUGACAUGAGUUUUGGAGUCACAGGUGUUUGGCUUGCUUGUAUGACAUCAAAGCAGUAUUUAUUGUAAUCCUGUUAUUCUCAACGUCUCAUCUUUCAAAAUACAUUGAGUCAUCGCAAUUUACAGCAUUUCCCUCGCUGACAACAAAAGAAAUUGCGCGCAAUGCUUAAGUUCAGAACGGCCGUCAGUCAAAACCCAUACAGAUGUAGGAUCUUAAUUUGAUCACUCUUUUGUUGCUGCGAAUUUUCCUGCACUGCAGGAAAUGCAUACUUGUAGUGUAUUAGAGGUUUAAAACGUAUUUUGAAGUUUAUUUCCACUUUAAAAUGUUAGACGUGAUUCGCCCAAACAGAAAAUGUAUUAACCCCAUACAAAAAAUAUCCAUUAAUUAUAAUACUCAUAAUAAUUCACAUUUCCUAUUGCUGCGGGAAUAUUUUCCUGUUGCAGCAAAUGGCUCAAAUUAAGAUCCUAUAUCUGUACAGCGCUGUGAAGCGCAGAGCCAGAGUUCUGACGUCAUGUAUAGCAUGUUACUCUACAGCCACUACAUUCCAAUUUAGGCGCUUAUUAGUGCCCAAAUCUGCUAUUUUCAAGCCGUAUACGGGUAUGAGUGUAAAGGGUGUGUGUGUGUGUGUGUGUGUGUGAAGGAGGUGACAAGGUGGAGACGUUCCCAGUGCUGAAGAUUGAUCAGAAGGACAUUGUGGACACAAAUGGAGCCGGAGAUGCCUUUGUAGGAGGUACAUGUCCCUGAGUGUCUUUAUCUAUGUGCAUGAACGUUUCUGUAGGGAUAUCUGUCUGGUCCUUGAGAAAGUUGAAUCAGUGUGUGUGUGUGUGUCAUGCAGGAUUCCUGUCAGAGUUGGUCCAGGACAAGGAGUUGGAACAGUGUGUGAAAGCAGGACACUACGCUGCCAACACCAUCAUCAGACGAGCAGGAUGCACCUUCCCCGAAAAACCAGACUUCCACUGAUUACCUCUAACCUUAA